UUUUGGAUCGAAUUUUAAGUUCAUCUUUCGAAUCCUUCCGCUUUAUGUCAAUUGCGGCUGCGUUCGUGCGGAAUCCGGGUCCUAGCGAUGGGGCUUGGAGUUGGAGACGGCAACAACCAACAGCCACUGUUGAUUUCAUCAUCAUCAGCAGCAGCAGCUGAGGAAGAAGAAUACCUGGGGCUGGGGCUUCACAAUGAAGAAGAACCAGAGUGUGGAAGUAUGAUGAUUGGGAUAUGGUCGGAAUCGAAGAAGAUAUGGCACAUUGCCGGUCCCUCCAUAUUCACCCGCCUCGCCAUGUUCUCCAUCACCACCAUCACCCAGGCCUUCGCCGGCCACCUCAGCGAUCUCCACCUCGCCGCACUGUCCAUCGUCACCACCGUCAUCAUUGGCGUCACCUUCGGCUUCAUGCUAGGAAUGGCAAGUGCGCUCGAAACUCUUUGCGGCCAAGCAUACGGAGCGAAACGGCACCAUUUGUUGGGAAUCUACCUGCAACGCUCCUGGAUUGUCCUGUUUCUAGCUUCUAUUUCGUUGCUGCCUCUUUUCCUGUUUGCGGGGCCGAUACUUAAGCUCGCAGGACAACCGACGGCGGUGGCGGAUCUUUCCGGAAUAGUGGCGAUGUGGCUGAUUCCGAUGCACAUGAGCUUCGCGUUUCAGUUCUCAUUAGUGAGGUUCUUGCAGUGCCAAUUAAAGAUGGCCGUGAUUGCUUGGGUUUCCGGUGGGGCACUAGCACUUCAUGUGUUCGUUAGUUGGUUCUUUGUGUAUCGGCUCAGAGUUGGCAUAGUUGGCACUGCAUUGACUCUCGAUUUCUCGUGGUGGGUUUCUGUUUUGGGGCUUUUUGGGUACGUUGUGCUCGGUGGGUGCCCUCAUUCUUGGACUGGUUUCUCCGAGCAAGCUUUUGUUAGGCUGUGGGAGUUUUUCAAGCUCUCUGUGGCUUCUGGGGUCAUGCUCUCGUUGGAGAAUUUUUACUAUAGGGUGUUGAUUAUAGUCUCGGGGAUUAUGACAAGAGCUGAAGUUGCAAUUUCUGCCCUGUCCAUCUGUAUCAGUAUCUUUGCCUGGGAAUCCAUGAUUCCCCUUGGAUUUCUUGCAGCAACGGGGAUGCAGAAUCAAAUCAAAAUCUUUCACAGAGAUUUCGUUUCACAAAUUCACCAAAAGCUGUUGGGAAAUCUACGUUUGCAUUUGGCUCAAAUCCAUGUGAAGAAGACUUCAUACAUACACCAUUUAAUAAGGGUGCGUGUAGCUAAUGAGCUUGGAGCAGGCAAUGCAGAAGGUGCUAAGUUUGCUAGCAUUGUCUCCACAUUCACCUCCCUACUCGUGGGUAUUUUCUUUUGGGUUCUUAUAAUAGCAUGCCCUGACAAUCUUGCUAUGAUCUUUACAUCAAACACCUCUGUGAUUAGAAUGGUUAAUGAACUAGCACUAUUGUUGGCAUUUACCAUUCUCCUCAACUGCAUUCAGCCGGUACUCUCAGGUGUUGCAAUCGGAUCUGGUUGGCAAGCACAGGUGGCAAUUAUAAAUAUCGGUAGUUACUACAUUGUUGGAGUCCCCUUGGGAAUUAUCUUGGGCUGGUUGCUCAAUUUUGGCUUUAAGGGUCUCUGGGUUGGGAUGAUCAGUGGCACUGUGGUCCAGACAUUGAUACUAAUAUGCAUUACAACAAGACGCAACUGGGAAGAACAGGUAAGUGGCGUUCACCAUUUCAUUCCUUUCUAUCUUCAUUCUAUAUCCGUAAGGACCUACAAUCAUUUUCAUGUGGGUGUACAUUAGGUAAACGCAUUGAGCGCGUUCCAUAGCCUACAAACCGCGCGCAUCAGGUAAACGUACAAAAAUUUGUAUAUGGGUUUGCUCAAAAAAAGUUUGAACCUUGAUUAUGGAGAAGGCUAUUGCAACCACUUUUUACCAGGCCAACCCUAGAGCAUUUCCCUUUGCUAUUCUUCAUAAAGCCAUGACUAUCUUGCUGGAACUGAGGUGCUAAGUUAGGAAACUACAGAGAUUAUGAGGGCCAGUUUUAGUAGCUAACAAUAAAAUUAUUUAUUUGUGAUCGAAAAAUCAGAGGCCUGUUAUAUUGCCCGUAUCGGGCAAUAGUAUGUUACCCGAUGCGGGCUUGUAAGGCAAAGGGGGUGUGUGGGCGUGAGUCUCCCUCCCCCCCCCAUCACACACACACUCUCGCACGUGUUGGGCAAAUUUUAUGGACAAUAGAAAAUUUUCCUGAAAAAUCAUAGGAUUGAGUUGUGAAAAUCACCUAUUUGCAAAGUAAAGAUAAAAUUGCCUAUAAAAACUACAAUUCCCAAUGAACCCUAUUAUAGAUUGUUGUGCUAUUAUUGUGUUUUUAUUGAAGACGAGUUCAGGAUUGAUAUGGAAAUGUGUUUCGUGGACUCAUGCUUGAAUUGGAGAAACAUUGUAAAACCUCUCUUGGCAUCGUUCAGCUGCAAGACUACUUUGAUUGCACUGUUCAUUGUUGUAGCUAAGCAAUGCAAAAGUAAAUUUAUUUACACAGUACAUAAUAUAAGCAAAAAUGUUGAUUAAAAGGCACUAGGACUUUAUGUGAUUUGGUAAUUGGCCGAAACACCUAUCACCAUCAUCAACGUCAUUUUUUUCAUUAUGAAUUCCAUCAAUAUAAUCAUCUUGAUUGAAGCUAGUUAUGGACCUGCGUACCUUUCCUCGCAUUGUGAUGUUACCAGUGUCGUCAUUACCAAUUCUAUCAAUAUGAUCAUCUAGAUUCUGGACCUACGUACCUUUCCUCGCAUUCCCAUAUCCCAUAGGUCACCUCCAUUACUAUUCGUAAUCUCUUCUGAUAACACUUGAUCAACAUUGAUUCCAUAUUCACGAGCACUUGUAACAAUUUAGGCAUUGGGGUUACCUUCAUCAUCAUCAAGGUGUAGUGGACAAACUUAUUAAGAGAGUUGAUUCUGAUUCUCUUCUCCUAGUUUCACUAAAAUGUCAAAAAGAUCCAAAUACUCUGUUUCUGCAACGUUAUCAUUUGCAGUCUCCAUGUCUCUUAUUUUAAGCUUCAUAUUAUAGUAGCAAAACGCAAGUUUUUGUAGUUUCUUAUAUGCAAGAUGAUUCCUCUGCUUUGUAUGAAUGAGUGAAGAAGUACUCCAAUUUCUCUCACAUGCUGAAGAUGAGGCAAUCUGAGAUAAAAUUCGCAUAGCAAGUUUUCUUAAUGUAGCCGUGUCAUUUCCAUACAUAAACCACCAUUUAGCUGCAAUAUAAAUGUCGUAGUAUAAGAAAUAAAUAAAGUAAUAGAUGCAAGAUAAUAAUAAGUUUAUGUGAAAUAAAAAACAUACCAGGCAUCAUAGUAGUUCUUGCAGUAAUGGUAGCGCGAUGACCAAAUAUUUUAGUUGCAUCUCUAAAAUAUGCGAGCUAUGUACAGAGAAAACUUAUCUCAAACAACUAAUAUAAGGCAAACAUUUAAUUAAAAUAAAUUCUCAUUAAACAAUUUACCUCAUUUCCAAAUUGAGCAAUUCCAUCAGAGUUUGGAUCUGGCGUUGCAAAUACUUCAUGAACUAUACUUAUGAGUUUUGUCUUCACACCAACACUUUCUCUGGAUCUGGCGUUGCAAAUACUUCAUGAACUAUACUUAUGAGUUUUGUCUUCACACCAACACUUUCUCUGUAUUGGUACCUUGGGUUAAGGUUGUAGACUUUAAGGGAAUAAAAUAUAUAAAUACAAUUAUUAGCAAGACAAAUUUUAAAAAAUAGGAUAUAAAAUUAAUACUUAAAAUAUUAUACAUGCCGCAUAAAGGGGAUGAUUAAGCGUUCUAUUCCAACGAUCAUUGAUAUUUUGAAGAACCCAUUGUACUACUCUUUGUUGUUGAAUGAAAUUUUUCAUGAUAUGAAUGGAUUUGUAUACUAGCAGCUUCGUUGAGACAACUUCUGUAUCAACUAAUCGAAGGACUUUGUAUAGCGACUCAUAAAUAGCUACCAUAUGUGCAGCUUGAUUCUAAAAUCGAUAUUUAAUGACUUGUUGCUCCAUUUUCUUUCCCAAUGGUGUGGUACUCAAUCUAUUUUUAGCCCAUACAUCACUAGUAAACAAUUGCUCAAGGUUAGAGUUCUUUUUCAAAAGACUGUUUAGGCAGAGAUAAUUUGUGGCUAAUCGAGUUGCUCUAGGGCGGACUAUUUCCCUUCCACAAAAUUCUCUCAUUUGAGCUAGUAACCACCCAUAAUUGUAGAUGUAAUUGGUAAGUGCUCUAGUUUGUGUAAUAAUGUUUGUCAUACUAUCUUUCUUCCCAAUACUCUCAAACAUCAAGUCAAUACAAUAUGCAGCACAAAGAGUCCAAUAAAUAUUGAACUUCUCCAUCAUUCUUUUUCCAGCUUUAACAAAUGUAGAGCCAUUAUUGGUGGCAAUUUGAACCAUAUUUUGUUUGCCCGCCUCAUUUACAACUUCCUUUAACAAAUCAUAGAUAUGUUUGUGAUCCUUGAUCUUGUUUGAUGCAUCUAUAGAUUUAAAAAACACCAUGGAACCCUUUGAGUGCACCAUGAAAUUGAUAAUACUGAGCCUUGUUGGUCUGGUCCAACCAUCUGCCAUUAUAGUGUUAUGUACACCAUUUUUCUCUCUGAGAGGCCACAUAUUGUUUCAUAUCGUUGUGUUCCAUUUCCAAGUACUCGUUCUUGAUCUCAUAUGGUGAUGGCAAUUCAAUUCCAUUUCCUAUUGAUUGUGCAUCGAGCAUCAUAUUCGUAAAAUGAUGUGACGAUGCCUUAUUGGGAGUUGUAUUAUCAUAAAUAAAGAACUUGCUAACCAAUUGGCUCAUGGUUUCCUUUAUAUUACUCCAUUUGAACAUGCUUUUGAUACUCCAUUGCUUUGAUCCUGUUGAUUUGUAUAAUGAAGGUGCAAUCAGAGCUUUUAGAAUUAAUAGUCUCACAUUUUGUGUUCGGCGUAGGUGUUCUGAUUGUUCACCUUUUUUAGCUUAUGAUGACCCCUUCUUUUAUUGCUUCAAAAAAAUGAUGUUUUUUGUUUUCGUUGCCACUCACUUUCCUUUGAAGCUCUUACAUCAUCUUGAUAAGCUUCCCUCUCUUCAAUAUUCAUGUAUGUUGGAUACACAUAUGGAUCGUCUUCAUCAUCGUUGUCAUUACCAUAAGACAGUCCUCUAUUUCCACUAACUGUCCUCUCAAUUCAAUUUUGAUAUUUUCCACCGCAAUCGAUUUCUAUUUCAGGGUUACAUCUUUCCUUUGUAUCCAUUCCAAUAUCUUAGCUUUUACUUCUGGUGGAACAUUUGAAUAUUUUCUUGAAUUUUUCCUUUGAUCUAUGUGAUAAAAUGGAACUUAAAACCUGUGAUAUCUCCAUUUUUCAUGACUAAACUACAAAAGCUGCAUUAAGUUCCAUUUUUAUUCCUUUCCAAUGGAAAACAAUACUUCCAUUUAGGAUCUUUCGGGCUAUCGCUAGCAUCUAAGGCCUCACAUGAAAUCAAUAAACAAAAAUUUUCUAAAUAAAAUAUAUUUGUAAGGCCUCACAUGAAUUCAUUUGUAAAUCAUAUAUCUAAAUGAAAUAUUUAAUUUUUUGUUUUCUCUUAUUCUUUAAAUAGUAAAUAAUUAAUAUUAGUUGACAUGAAAAUUUCAUAUACAUACAACUUAUCUUUAAAUUAUGGGUACAAAUAUUGUCACUCGUCAAAAUGAUUUAUACACUCAAAUUUUAUUUUAAUUUUAUAUUACUUAAAUAUCCCUUUAUAUAAUUAUUAAUAAGACCAUUUAUUCUUAUUUAUUUUUCUUUCUCUUAGAGGAAAAAAAAAAAAAAAAAGAAUUGAGCAGUGUUUACCAUCCUUCAUUACAUAUUUUAAAUCCAAUGAAAUCUGAACUCAAUGAUCUAAGAAAGUGCCUAAAGUUAAUUUCAGAAUAUAAAGUCCAAAUACUCCACCUAAUAAUAUUAAACUAGAAUUCAAUUAAUUCAUCUACUGGUCCCAAUAUCAUUGUAGAUUUGUCCCAUAAAAUUGGGCAAAAAGAGCAGGUUUAAUUGUUUAUAUAAGUAGACAAAGCUGAUGAAGUAGAAGAUGAAAUCAAACAUAAGAAACUUGAACUGAACUCUGGAGAUUUGGAGGAGAAGAUGAAAUUUAACAAUAAUAUAAUAAUCAUUAAAAGAACUAAUUAAUCAAAUAUAUUACCAACAAUUAUGUAACUUUUGUAUAAAUGAAAAAAAAAAAACAACAAUCGAAUUACCUCGACAGUAGAUUUUGCAUUUGCUUGUAACAAGUUGCUAAGCGGGUAGAAACAAAAUCUUUCAAAUUACCUUUAAUAAAAAUAUAAUAUCAAUCAAAUCAUUAAAAAACUAAAUACUCGAUAUAAUUUAAUGAACAAGGUAAUUUUUGACGAAUUAGGGAGGAACCUUCAAAUUACGUUUUGUGUUUUGGUUAUAAUUUGUUAAAAAGUUCCUCAAAUUAGCUUGUAAUUUGAACAAGACUAUAAGUGACAUGAGAAUAUUUAAUCAUGAAAUUUUUAUUUUUAAAUAACAGUUCAAGAUUUCAAGUGGCAUGAGAAUAUUCAAUCAU